UCAGAAUUGACUUUACAGGGACUUACAGGCAAUGCAGCGGCGCCCGCGCAUGCGCAAUGUUGCGGUACACAGGAUUUUGAAGACGACGACGACGACGAAGAAACUUCAGUUCGCCUCGUGCUCUGGAUGUGUCGGCACAACUAGGACUACAGGAGAGUUUCACUGUUGAACACCCAUGUCGGUUCUACUUUGCAAGCAGAUCUGAAAUCCAGGAGAAGGAGAUCCGGUCAGGAGCAUUUGAACUGCGAACCAAGCAGGAGCAUGACAGAGAGACCAAAUAUGGAGACAAGGACCAUACUCCGAGUUAUAGUUUGUGACAACGACAUCAGAAAAAUCGUACUUCCUUUGAAACCACAGACAGUUGACUCACUGUUGGAACAACUUGAAGAAAAGCUGGGACUUCAGUACAAGUUCACACUUCAGUUUGAGGAUCCAGACUUCAACAAUUCCCUUGUGAAUCUUACCGACAUUGCUGAUUUGCCAGAUAAACCCACACUGAAGAUUGUCUCACUUGUGACGACACCAACCCCUAGCACAGCUGACACUGAAAUCCUGUCUGUGGCUUCUGAUGAUCCAUGUCAUAGUCUACGUACUGCAUGGCCAGAAACUUUCGAGAUCCAUAAUUUUCCUGUUGAUGUUGAAUACAGAUUACGUCAGGGAAAUCUACAGUACAUGCGAGAUCAAACAUAUCUACAAUUGUCAGGAGAGCUUAAGCAUGAGAUUCUUGAAAAACUCUCUGAGACAAUAUACAGUUACAAAGCUUACCCAAAUAAGGAAGAUUUCGAGGCUGUUGCUGCUGCUUUGAUAAAAAAACAUCCCUGCCUUACCCAGCCUGGCUCAUCUAAGGGGUGGAAUGGGUGGUAUGAUAGCCUUAGAUGGAAAAUGGGUAAUUACCACUCAAAACUGCGUCGAGCUGGAUGUUUGGAGGUAUCCAUAAAUGGUGGAAAAAGAAGAGGACAGCAGCCUCAGAGAAACGUCAAAAGACCCAAGAGGUUUGAAAUAAAUUUCCUACCGAAUUUCCCUGAUGGUGAAGAUGAAGCCUGCAUGGAAUCCAAAAGGAAAGAGAUGGUGGAAGAGAUGAAGAAACGUCGUCUUAAUUCUGCACUGAUAGCCCAGAACAUGAAUUCUACUUUUGCCUUGUGUAGAAAGGAAUUGAUAGAGAAGGAGCCUGCAGUGAAGAACACGGUGGAAAGGUGGCCAGCCCUCUUCACAAAUGGUCAGGUGAGUAAAUAUUCUUGUUUGUUGGUUACAUAUAUCAUUUCAUCUUGAACAUUUUCUAAGCAAAUUGAUCAUUAACCACUUUUCAGAUUGAUGUUUAAAGGGAUAGUUCACCCAAAAAUGAAAAUUAGCCCAUGAGUUACUCACCCUCAAGUCAUCCUAGGUGUAUAUGACAUUCUUCUUUCAGACGAAUACAAUCUGAGUUAUAUUAAAAAAGUUCAGGCUAAUCCAUGCAUUGUAAUGGCAGUAAUAGUUGCUCUGUUUCUGAAGUCUAUAAAAAGUGCAUCUGUCUGUCAAAUAACGUGCUCCUUGCGGCUCUGGGGUGUUGAUAAAGGUCUUCUGAAGAGAAUCGAUGCGUUUGUGGAAGAAAAAUAUCCAUAUUUAAAACUUAAGUAAAGCCUCGGCCGACCGCCUUCUG